AUGUCCCUGAUUUCGGGCCAGAGCACCCGGAUAUCAAAUAUGCUCUCCUCCUCCCUUGUAGGCGCCGCAGAAGUCCGUGCACUUCAAGCAGACGCAAACGGUCAAGCUCAAAUCCUUACAAGUACCCUCAACGCGCUUACAGCGGAAGCGAAGAAGGGCAUCGAAAGCAUCAAUGAGACAGCAAUAUCUGCCCAAAAGGAUAUUCUCAAUAAUAUCCAUUGGGAUACUCGGGCCUGGCCCUCCCGACAUGUUGUAGGGUGGCUCGGAAAGGGCAUCGAGAGGAUUUUGAUAGGCUCCGGUUGGCUCGCACCUAACUUCACUGUUGACUUCGAGCAUCUUGACAUCGCCUUAGAAGGAUUCAUGACGCCUGGAUGGGCUAGGGCGCUCCUGGCGCUCGCAUGUUUCGUGUGGAUGAUGUUUCGAGAGGUUUUGGGCGUAGCAAUGAGUGUUGGGGCGCUAUUGAUUAUCGUCACGAGGAAGUUUAUGGCGAAGAGGGUGAUGGGCGUGAUACAGUCUUUGCCCAAUUCGAGGCAAGAAAGACCACAAUCAUCCCCCUUUCCUUAUGAUCUGCGACGAGAACGUAUAGGACAUCCUUCUGGUUCGAAAGCUAAAUUUGUUAAAAUGAUGUUUCCUCGCCUGGAGAGGCAGGACGGCGCCAAGUCCAGGAAAGUCUCGAGAAUCCCAGAUCGCCUCUGCUUCCCUCCAUCAUGA